GAUAUGAAUUCAUAACAAACAGUGCAAAAGAAAAAAAAGAAGAAAGUGAUGUGGUACGGCAACUGUAGCUACCCAUCACCACAACAUGAUGACAAAGAUUAGCGGUGCAAAGAAGAUCGGAUUAGAUCAAUCCGGAUGGGAUUACAACAUGGAACAGGGGACUGGAUGAAGGACCAUCACUAUAAAGGGACGACAUGAUAAAGCAAGUUUGAUGCAGGACGCGGACCGAGACAGACGAACAUUGAGAGUACCACAAUAAUAAUUGUGGUAUUGCAAUAAUAUUUAGAUUGCACAUCACUACAUGGAACGAUAGUUCCAGAUCGGAUGACACCAACCGAUCCACGGAUGACAGCGGUGCUGUCAAGGGAUGACGAGCAGAUCGUCCUGUAUAUUCAUGUACGCGAUCACGACCGGACUGGAAUAGCAGAGUACCACAAUUGGCGACGAGGAAAAUAGUUUAAACAAGUGAAGUGAAGUGAAAAAAUUUACAUCGAGGAAAAUGGACGCAUGGAACGUACAACCAUUUCUCUUUAAAGCGAUGGAGAGAAACGCUGUUAGGAACGAAUGGGUGAAAUAUCGGCGUAACUUCGAGUACAUUAUCGCCGCGACUGGCGAAAAGGAUCGCACUAGGAUAAAAAAUAUCUUCCUUGCGAAAGCUGGCCCUGAUGUACAAGAAGUUUUUACAUCCAUUCCUGGAGCGGACGUACAGGGAGGAGGGGAGGAAUGCGUUGACCCUUACCUGGUGGCGGUAGAGAAGUUAAACGAUUACUUCUGCCCAAAGGAGCAUGAUGUUUUUGAAAGGAACCGGUUUUGGACAUUAAAACCGGAACAUUCGGAAACUGUCGAGGAGUUUGCUUUCCGGUGCCAGAGUUGGGCACAGAAAUGCAACUUCGGAAACAACGAGAAUGAAGCACGAGCGAUUAGCGUGAUCGACAAGGUAAUCUUAUUUGCUCCGUCCGAGCUCAAGGAAAGGUUACUGGCGAAAAAGUCAUUGGAUUGGGAUGAAACGAUCCGUUUGAUUAGUUCAUACGAGUCGGUGAAAAGGCAGGCAAGAGCAAUGAGUGCACCAGGGAAGGAUGACGCCCUAGGAUGGGAACAGCGGCAAAGCAACUCGUUUGUCAACCGGGUGACCGAACGAGGUUUAGGGUGCGCACGUUGCGGGAAAAGAGAUCACAAUUCAGGUGAUUACCAGUGCCCAGCCAAAAACAAGGAAUGCUACAAAUGCAAAAAGGUUGGUCAUUUCGGAGCCCAAUGCCGGACGCCGAACAAUUUGAAACGGCGACCUGAAGCAUUCCACCAAACGGCUAAACGCCCGCGAACAGUGGUGAGGGUGAGGGCAGUUGCGAAUGUGGAAGAGGAAUCGGAAAGGGUUAGAAAUUUCAUUUAUAGCAUAAGCGAUGGAGAAGAAUUGCUAUGGGUGAAAGUAGGAGGAGUUAAUUUACAAAUGCUGGUCGAUUCUGGAUGUAACAAAAACAUUAUCACAGAAAAAGCUUGGGAAUAUUUGAAAACCUAUAAGGCCGAACGGUUUGGAGAAACGCAAAAGUGUCGAGAAGUGUUUCUACCUUAUGGGGACAAUCCCGAACCGUUAGUAGUGUUAGGGCAAUUUGCUGCAAAGCUUUCAAUAGAAGACAAAGGCAAAACUAUAGAGAAAGUAGCUGAUCUAUUUGUAGUUAAAGGAGAACGCCAAUGUCUCCUAGGCAAGGUAACGGCAAUGGAACUGUAGGGUUUAGGAUAGACAAGGAAGUGAUAGAUAGAGAGAGAGAUAGGACGAGCGUGAAAGAUCAUUCGAGAUGACAGGAAAUGCGAAUAAACGUCAGUCGUGUUGGAUUAAUCAACGGAAGAGCA